CACAAUACCAGAUGUUGUCUUUGUAAUUGAUACUGGGAGAACAAAAGAAAAUAGGUAUCAUGAAAGUAGUCAGAUGAGUUCUCUGGAAGAGACCUUUGUUAGUAAAGCUAGUGCUCUGCAGCGACAAGGAAGAGCUGGCCGUGUUAGGGAUGGAUUCUGCUUCCGAAUGUACACAAGAGAAAGGUUUGAAAGUUUCAUGGAAUAUUCUGUGCCAGAAAUACUGCGUGUGCCUCUGGAAGAAUUAUGCCUUCAUAUUAUGAAAUGCAGUCUUGGCUCCCCUGAAGAUUUCCUCUCUAGAGCCUUAGACCCACCACAGCAGCAAGUAAUUGGUAAUGCAAUGAACCUGUUGAGGAAGAUUGGGGCUUGUCUGUUAAAUGAGCCCAAGCUGACUCCAUUGGGCCAGCACCUUGCAGCCCUUCCUGUCAAUGUAAAGAUUGGCAAAAUGCUUAUAUUUGGCGCUAUAUUUGGCUGCUUGGAUCCUGUGGCAACUCUGGCUGCAGUUAUGACAGAAAAAUCCCCAUUUACUACACCAAUUGGUCGAAAAGAUGAAGCAGAUCUUGCAAAGUCAUCACUUGCAAUGGCAGUUUCAGACCAUAUAACAAUCUACAAUGCUUACUUGGGGUGGAAAAGGGCUCGACAAGAAGGGGGAUAUCGUACUGAAAUGACUUAUUGCAGAAGAAAUUUUCUUAAUAGGACUUCACUGUUAACUCUGGAGGAUGUGAAGCAAGAACUCAUAAGGGUGGUCAGAGCAGCAGGGUUCACAGCACCUACAAUGCAAUUUGGAUUGGAUGGAAAUGGAACCACACAAUCCCUUUCUCUCCAUGAAAUAGCUCUUCUUAAAGCCGUGUUGACUGCAGGGCUUUAUGACAACGUUGGAAAAAUAAUAUAUAUGGAAUCUGUGGAUAUUACAGAGAAGCUGGCUUGCAUGGUAGAAACUGCUCAGGGUAAAGCACAAGUGCAUCCUUCCUCUGUAAACCGAGACUUACAAACACACGGAUGGCUUCUUUACCAGGAGAAAGUGGAAUGA